AUGAGGAAACAACAACGAGGAGACACUGACAAUGCGGCGAGUCGCGGCCUUGAACGCCAGAAGCAGCUGUGCGACGAAGGCAUGGCACUGGUGAACGAAAGCGUCGGCAUCCAAAACUCUGGUGGGGACACGGACCUCGCGGAGCGGAACCUGAAUCGAGCGGUCGAGAUCUUUGAAACGGCGCUGGGUAUUCAAUACGGCACACAAGAAGAGCAGGACGCGUCUGCGCGACUCAACAACAAGAUGCUGCGAUACGUCAAGAUGAUCAAGACGCAAAAGGCCAAGAACCCUGCCGUCGGCGGCAACAAGCGCGCCGCAUCCAAGUUUAAUAUCUUGGAACUGGACAAUCUCCCGCAGAUUUACCAUUCCAUUGCGUCCAAACUGUUUAAUUCGCAAAGCGGAGAUCUUUUUGAGUCCCUCAAGACGACAUUUGGGUUCCAGGACAACAACGUGCUCAACCAAAAGGAACAUGUGCUGUUGUUGCUCACGAACUACAAGGAGCAGUUGGACGUUCCCGAGCCCAAAGCGCCGGCGAACCAGCCCGUCCCCGCCCGGGACCAACAGCGGGAAGCGCAGUUGGCCGACAAGGCCGUGACCAAGUUCCACGCCAAGCUGUUUGACAACUACAAGAAAUGGUGCAAUACAUGA